ACUCACUCACCGUCGCGGCAAGAGUACAGUUGUAUCCCACAGUCGCCCGGGUAUACACGUACUAACAUACAAACAUACACACAGGCAAACGAUAAUACCUGAAACACUCAUACAUAUACUUGGAUAAUAGGGAUAACCAUACACCCCCCUCCCCUCCCUCUCUCUCUCUCUCCCUGUCCUCUCCCUCUCUCUGUGCAUCGAACCAGUGAAGCAGCAAAUCUCUUCAAACAAUGUCCCAGAUUACGAACACAAAGCACAAAUGAGAGCUUCGUGUUACCGCUGGGACUGAGACGAGCUUGAGUGUAUGUAGUGCCUGUGACGUCUUGUUGUAACCGGGAAACACGCCUCGGUCAUCCAUUAUAAGGCUGGGACCCGCGUCGCCCACAUGUUGCAGCUGCGAGUGGGGCGUGCCUCGGUGCCCUCGUCAGACAUGAUGAGCAGCAUGAGUGGAUUCCGCGGGGACGUGAUGGCGGAGGGAUCCAGACUACAGCCCAUGGGCGCACAUUUCAGGGACGCUGGCAGCAGCCUAUCCCGGGACUACUGCAUGGACUCCCAGCCCCUGGACUACUCCACCAAGAGGAUCCACGGGCUUCCCUUGUCCCUCACGUCCAUUGACAACGGUGGCAGCCUGGCGGGCGAUAACUCCACCACGCCCAUAUUCAAGUCACCUAAGUUGUCUCCAAAGAGUGUCUCGGAGAGUCUGUCGCUGCGCUCCGAGUGUUCCUCUCCCAUGUCCUGCAGUCCCGCCCCGCACGCCACGCCCUACAGCCAGGUCCACGGCAGGUCCUACAGCCCCACGCCUCAUGCAUUCCAGCAGCUGCUGCACCCACCACCACCACCGCCUGUACCCCCAGCCGCCCAGAUAUCCCCAUCAGCACUCCCGCCCCUCGCCUCAUCCUUCCACCACAACCCAACAGCGGUCAGCUCACUUAUCCUGGCUCAGCUGCAGGCUAACCCGCUCCUCUUCUCCACGCUGCUGGCCAAGUCCAACCUCAUGACACAACAACAACAACUACAAAACAUGAAGGCUCAAGUUUCUCCGCCCCUUAAGUCGCCGCCGUCCGAGCCGCGUCUUCCGGGCUUCUCAGCAGCGGGUUUCGGUGUGGGGGGGCUCGGGCCGGACGCCCUGGGCAUGAUGCACCUCAAGAAUUAUCACGGGGAUCACCUGGGCCCCACCCCAGGAGUACUGCACAAUAACACGCAGGAGGAAUUUGCGCUCAUGGAGAGAAGCAAUGAGGAAUACAGAAGCUUCCGCGAGAACUUCCUCACGGAGUCAAGCAAGAUGAAAGCACGUAGAGGUGGAAGAAGGAACUCUACCACACUUGGCGGUGCCUCCGUCACCGGGAACAAUUGUGACAGAAGCGGUGGAGCUCCAGACGACUCUGGUGGCGAGGGAAGCAUAGACGUGGUGAGCGGAGACAGCGGCGACGGCGAGGACCAAGACGCCAAAAUUGACAACGGCGAGGAGAACAACGUGGAGAUGAGCCAGCAGGAAGCAGGAGCCGACCCCUACACCCUCACCCCCAAGAGGCGCCACAACAGACAGGGCCUGGAGAACACCACGAAGGACGAGGCGUAUUGGGAGCGACGCCGGCGAAACAAUGAGGCUGCCAAACGUUCUAGGGACGCGCGCCGGGCCAAGGAGGAGGAGAUCGCCAUCCGCGGCGCCUUCUUGGAACAGGAAAACAUGAAGCUACGCGCCGAACUCUCUACUCUGAAGUCUGAGACCGCCAAGCUGAGGUGUAUGCUGUAUAAUAGCUGAUGAGGAGCCAGUCCUGCUCUGAGUGUCAUUCAUUAACCUCCCUCCACCAAUCCUUAGUUUUGUUUCCUUUUUCAUCCCGCGAGUGCAUGGCAUUGUGAUACCGCGCCAGGCUGCCCCAUCUUCCAUCCUGUAUGUAUGUACCGCCUCUCAUGAAGCCUGCAUGCCUCCAUGCAACCAAACCCUACGUGCUGCCUUGUCACACUACCCUAGUAUUGGUUAGCAACACACACACACACACACACACACACACACACACACACACACACACACACACACACACACACACACACUUUGUAGUAAGUCAGAAUAAUAUAAUUCAUGACUGCAAGAAAGGAAAUGCCUUGAAUCACAUUUUCCUUUAUUUCUUGCAAUGGUGUGCAAUACUAAUGUGGCAUGAUCUAACUGCACACUUCCUACCUGAGAGUGAAAAUAAAGGAGAUUUUACUGCA